AUGUCUCCUGCAAUCUUGCAAUCAACACAGUCGGAAGAUGUUCCAUUGGUAGCGUCCAUCGACGUGGGGACAACCUCAUCAAGAGUUAUUCUGUUCAACAUUCAGGGCCAAGAAGUGUCCAAACACCAGAUUGAAUAUUCGACAUCUGCCUCUAAGGAACGUUUUGCUCCCGUAGGCGCCAGACGUUCUUCCGUGGACACCACAGCUGCUGGGGUAUCGACCGCGACUGGCAGUCCCAAAAGUGCAGCUGGUUCUUCCAGCUCACAGCCAAUUUUUUCAGCAGAAGGUAUCGCUAUUGAGGCCACGGAAUACCUUGAGAUUGAAGACCUUAAUCGUCCCUCUAGACCAACACUCAGCUUCCCACAGCCAGGAUGGGUCGAAUGUGAUCCACUUGGAAUCCUAGCACACGUUCUUCAGUGUUUUGCCGCAAAUCUCAUUUCCAUGAAUAGUGUUAAUGGUGACCGAGUUUCUGCUAACUUGCCCCCAUAUCGCAUCCAGUGUAUCGGUAUUGCAAACAUGCGUGAAACCACAUUAGUGUGGUCCAAAAAAACUGGGGCUCCUAUUGUUGACUAUGGUAUAGUCUGGAACGACACGCGGAACAGCGGCAUUGUCACUGAGAAACGUAACAGCACACCACAAGAGCUGCAAGACCAUCUAAGAGCUAUGACUGGGCUGCCUUUGUACUCGACCUAUUUCUCGUGCUCCAAGCUGCGCUGGCUGCUUGAUAACGAACCUAAGGUUCGCGAGGCGUACGAGGCUGGAGAUCUUAUGUUUGGAACUGUUGAUUCUUGGCUAAUAUACCAUUUAACUACGAACCAUGCGUUUGUGUCGGACGUAACAAACGCAUCUCGUACUGGGUUUAUGAACCUGGACACUUUGGAUUACGACGAGGAGCUGUUAAGAUACUGGGACAUCUCUCGCGACAAGAUCCAUAUGCCAAAAAUCGUGUCAUCAUCUGAGUACUACGGUGAUUUUUCAGUGCCAGAAUGUGUGAAACCCAACCUCACCUCUGUUGCCUGGUCUCUUUUGUGCGAUUUUAUGGGAAGAACUCCGGCGGUGCCAAUUCAAGGUUGUCUUGGUGACCAAAGUGCAUCUUUAGUCGGACAACUUGCUUUCAAACCUGGUGCUGCUAAGUGUACUUACGGUACUGGUUGUUUCUUACUUUACAACACAGGUAUGAAAAAACUGAUUUCGUCGCACGGUGCUUUGACUACGUUUGGCUACUGGUUCCCGCACUUGGAAGAUGAAGAGCAUGCGCAACCACAUUUUGCGCUUGAAGGGUCAGUGGCCGUUGCCGGUGCCGUGGUACAAUGGCUUCGUGAUAACCUGCGUUUGAUUCCAAAAGCAGAGGACAUUGGCCCUCUAGCUUCUAGAGUGACUGACAGCGGCGGUGUGGUAUUUGUGCCUGCGUUCUCGGGCCUUUUCGCGCCUUACUGGGAUGCUAGCGCAAGGGCUACCAUUAUGGGUAUGUCACAACAUACCACUUCGUCGCAUCUCGCCCGUGCAGCUGUGGAGGGUGUGUGUUUCCAAGCCAGAGCUAUUCUCAAAGCCAUGAGUUCAGAUGCUGCCGGAGAAGGCGCCAAGGACAGAGAUUUUCUCGAAGAUGUGGUGGACGGCACUUACGAAAAGGCCCCAUUAUCGGUCUUAGCUGUAGACGGUGGUAUGUCUAAAUCCAAAGAAGUUAUGCAAAUUCAGGCGGAUAUUUUGGGACCCUGUGUUAAAGUAAGAACGUCAGCGAGCUCGGAGUGUACCGCACUUGGGGCCGGUAUUGCUGCUGCGCUUGCCUACGAAAAGCGUGAGGAUCGCAGGUUGUGGAAGGACCUCAAAGACGUUAAGAGAUGGAUUAUGUAUGGCGGAGAGGAUUCUGUCGGGAAAAUAAAGGAAUCUGCGGGGAUGUCACAAUCAAGAACGUUUAGAUCUCAAUCUGAGGACCAGGACAGAAGACGGAAGUGGAAAUUGUGGGAAGCCGCGAUCGAGAGGUGUAGAGGUUGGGCAGAUAUCAUGAACGAUGGAAUAGGCAUGAUGCAGAAUGGCACCGCUGCUGCCAAGAACGUGUAA